CUGUCACAAUGGAUAUUUAUUUACUUAAUAUUAUGGUAUAUUUGUUAUAUAUUAUUUACCAAAAGCAGAGUCAAUAAUUUAAGUAUAUUAUAUAAGAUAUUCUAGUAAUUUCAAGAAUAUUGUGAAAACCGGUCAAAGAUGAACGAUACCAGACGCCGCUCUACCAUGACAUUACCAGCGAUAGAAACGAUUCAGAGAAAUGUUCGCCAAGUGCCUACGACUUAUUCUAGGAAACCGCGGGAUAUACCGUUCCAUUUGCCGCACAGAAAAUUAUUGGAAAAGAUUGAGUUUGUCGAAAAGGAACCUGAACCAUUGACUGGCUUCGCCGCAGCGCAAGAAGAUAGAUAUAUGAGGGAGAGAAGAAGCACUAAAAUACAAUUAGAACCAAUAAAGCAUGAGGAAGUCAAGAAAAAGAAAGCAAUAAAGAUACGAGAGUCGAGAAGCAGUAUGGACGAUGAAAGAAAAGAGGAACCAACCGCAGACCCUCUCAAGCUGAAGCCCCAGGUGGCCUCGCAGAAGGAGGUGAUAGAUCACGUGCGCUCAAACCCCCAGUGCGGCUUCCUGUACAUGAUAUAUGCUGUGCAUCCACAGAAUGUAUACUUUACGCCAUAUUAUCUAAAAGUUGUUAAGUAUGAAGAGCUGGAUAGGAAGAAUUACUUCACAAUAAGUCCGUGCGGUGUGACGCACUACACCAGCGAGAUGGUGUUCACAAAGCUCAAUGACUGGGAACAAGAGUACACCGUCUUCGUGCAGCUACAUGAAAUAACAUUCUUCAAAGUGUACCGAUAUUGGAAAGCAUUGUACGUAUGGCACAAAUCGGUUCGGUUCCGCAAGUACAGUCGGCUGAGGAACAUGCUCUCCCGCCAGCUGUUCAUCCUUACACCGCCGCUGGCGCGUGCGUUACUGACGGUGCAGGCUCUGUGCUGUCGGAUGCUGGAGGUAUCGCUCGCUGACACAACACGACACAUGGAUACGCCUUUCUUCUACUUCAAUGAGGCACAGAUGAUGCGUUUGGAGAUGGUGCGCCGGCGCAUAACGGAGUUUAGAUCGGUGGCGCACGAGGCGGUGACGGUGGCGGGACACGAAGCACUGCGCCUGCGCGGCUUCACCGUCGACGAUCACGAGGUGCCACCGCCCGCCAUAGUGCGCGGCCGGCCCGUCGGCGGCAUGUCCUACACACAGAAGGCCAACAAGAGGAAGUACUGCGAACGACUCGCUUGCUUCAUCAAGCUGAUCGACUACAUGACGAACUAUAUGCUCCACGGGCUGACGAAUCGCUCCAACGCGCACAUGGCAAAUUUGCUGCGUACACACGCCUCGUUCACGCCCUCACAUGACCUGCUCACCUCACUUGAUGUCGAUACCGUGCUGGAGGUAGUGCCUAGGCCAGUUGAAAUAUGCAAGUGGGCUCUAUUUCAAGUGGACGCAUACGUGCUGCCCAGCGGCGAGGUAGAGUUGAAUCCCAGCGAGAAGAUAAUUUCCGAAUAUAUCAGCAAGGUAACAGAGUACUGGGAUGAGGUCGUACGGACGUUCCACAACUUUCUCAACGACGACGACCUGCAGAUGUUCGUGCAGCCCACCAUCAUGGGCAAACAAGUCGAAUGGUCGGCAGGAGUGUCACCUAAUCUUUACUUCCUUAUGAAUCAAGAUAAGAAAAUGCUAGAAGAUAUUUUAUAUAUUCCUAACGCUAUCAAAGAAGCUUACGAGGUGGUAGAUGUAUUUUUAAACAGAAUGAAAACGUUUAUGGUGGAAUUUAAAGCCGCGCAUGAAAUGGACUUGAACGUAAUCAGGGACGAAAGAGACGUCAAUGUAUUCAAAUUGCUCUGCGACAAACUGGUGAAGCAAAUGGAGACGAUCGAGGACGUGGUCAGCUACCAGCCACUCGGCAUCAUCUUCCUGAACCUCAGCCCGUUCCAGGAGCUCUUCAGGCCGCAGCCCAGGCGACUGUUCGAUGUCGUUUUGAACACCACUCCUGACGUGGGUCGUGCUUGUAUUGACGAGAUCUUGGAGGGCAUCGAAUCCAUCGGCGAGGACAUCAGUCGGGAACCGGAGACGGCGGCCGAGCUUGUGGAAUUCAACAGCCUGCUGGAUGGCCUGGAGAGCCGCGUCGCGUACCUAGAGGAGCGGUUGGAGUACCUGCGCGAGUUGUACGACUUUAUGGGAGAAUUCAAUAUUCCAGUUUCGCCUGAAGAUAUGACCGACUACUUGGGUCUGAGCGUGGCGUUGGGCACGCUGCGGACCAGCGUGGACGCGCGGCUGGAGACCCGUGGCAAGCUGGCAGGACAGUUCGCUUCACAGGUGGGCCGCGACCUGAUGCAACUUAUGGAAGAGGUCAACACGUUGCACGCACAGGUCGCGCAACCUUGGCUCUACGACGACAGUUCUGACAUGGCCAAGGUUUUGGAGGUAUUGGACGACCUCAUGGCUAAGCUUAUGGCAUGCUUCGCCAGAGACAAGCAGAUUCAUGACUGGCAGAAAAUAUUUAAAAUUCCGCCAUCACGACUCGACCAGUUGGAUGAGGCGAUCAAUGAUGUGAAAUUAAGACAAAUGUUGUGGAAAUCUUCCAAGGAGUGGGAUGAACAUUAUCACAGUUGGUACGAAGCGCCCUUCCACACCCUGGAUGUAGACGAUAUACAGAAUGCCGCCGUCAAUUAUGGCAAGCAGUUUAACCAGAUGGACAAAGCAUUGCCACCAAACAAGAUUGUGCCAAGAUGCAAACAUUCUAUUGACGUUAUGAAGGAUAAGCUGCCGGUGAUCUCGUACCUGCGUAGUCCAGCACUGAAGGCCCGGCACUGGGUGCGCGUGGAGGAGGUGUUGCACACUCGCUUCGUGCCCGGUGCGCCGAUCACGCUCGCCGACCUCGAGCAGCUCGGCGCCUUCCAGCACGCCGAGGAGCUCAUGGAGAUCGCAGCUCAGGCUAACUCAGAGGCCGGCCUUGAGGCUCUGCUCAAGAAGGUGGAAGAGACAUGGGCGGCAUUGGAAUUCCCGGUGUUGCCACACAAGGACUCGCGAGACGUGUUCAUGCUGGGCGGACUGGAGGAGAUUCAGGCGGCGCUGGACGAGAGCUGUGUCAACGUUAACACCAUUCUCAGCUCGCGCAGCUGCGGCCCACUUAAGAGCCGAGUCGAAGAGUGGCAGCGAAACCUCGAGCUUUUCGGCAAAACACUUGAGGAGUGGCAGCAAUGCCAGCAGACGUGGAUGUAUUUGGAGGCGAUCUUCAGCGCACCCGACAUCCAACGACAGCUGCCAAAUGAAACUCGGCUCUUUACCAUCGUCGACAAGUCUUGGAAGGAUAAUAUGCGUAAAGUCGCUAAGGUACCGCUGGCGUUGCCGGCGGCGACUCAACCAAAAUUGUACGAGGAGCUGGUUCGUAACAACGAGAUGCUGGACCAGAUCAUGAAGUGCCUGGAGGCGUACCUCGAGACCAAGCGUGUUGCCUUCCCACGCUUCUUUUUCCUUUCUAACGACGAACUGCUUGAGAUCUUGGCGCAGACUCGCAACCCGCAUGCGGUACAGCCGCACUUGCGCAAGUGCUUUGACGCGAUCGCCAAACUGGAGUUCGGCGUGAAGCUGCCGGAGAGCGAGAUGGAGGUGGCAGAGGAUGGCACACUGGUGGAGCGCGAGAUGUCACCGCGCUCGCGCGACCGCCUGCAGGCCGCCCUGGCUCUCACUGCUCGCCCCGAGGACCUCACCACUGAUAUCAUUGCCAUGCUCUCGCCCGAGAGCGAGCGCGUCAACCUGGGCAAGGGUUUGAAGGCGCGCGGCAAUGUGGAGGAGUGGCUGGGCAAAGUCGAGGCGGCCAUGUUCGCCUCCGUGAAGCGCUGCAUGAAAUAUGCUCUGCGCGACUACGAGACGCGCCCCCGACCUCAAUGGUCCGCCCUGCAUCCAAACCAGGUGGUGCUGACCGUGUCGCAGAUCAUGUGGGCGCGAGGCAUCCACGAGGUGCUGAGCAGCGCCGAGGGCGAGGACGUGACGACAGGACUUGCUGAGUUCGAAAGGCGCAGCGUGGGUGACUUGAACGCGCUCGCCGCCCUCACGCGCCAGCCACUCGGCGCGCUCUUCCGUCGCGUGCUCUGCGCACUCAUCACCGUCGACGUGCACGCUCGUGACUCCGUCUCCAAUAUGGUCGAGAAGCGUGUGCAGAAGGACACGGACUUCGAGUGGCUGAAGAUGAUCCGCUACUAUUGGGAAGAGGAUCUGGAUAACUGCGUGGCGCGCAUGUCUAGUGCUAUGUACAUCUACGGCCACGAGUACUUGGGCGCUGGAGGUGUGUUGGUGAUAACUCCAUUAACGGACCGCUGCUACCUGUGUCUUAUGGGAGCGCUUCAACUGGACCUGGGUGGAGCGCCCGCCGGACCAGCGGGGACCGGCAAGACAGAGACCACUAAGGAUCUGGCCAAAGCCGUCGCUGUGCAAUGCGUCGUAUUUAAUUGCUCUGAAGGUCUCGAUUACAAAAUGAUGGGCCGGUUCUUCUCUGGACUGGCGACGUCCGGCGCAUGGUGUUGUUUUGACGAGUUCAAUCGUAUUGACAUCGAGGUGUUGUCCGUUAUCGCCCAACAGCUCAUCACCAUCCGCAACGCGAAGAUUGCAAGACUCUCCAGAUUCAUGUUCGAGGGUCGAGAGAUAAAGUUGGUGCGCACGUGUGCUGCCUUCAUCACCAUGAACCCGGGCUACGCGGGCCGCACUGAGCUGCCAGACAACUUGAAGGCGCUCUUCCGACCAAUCUCAAUGAUGGUCCCCGACUAUGCACUGAUCGCGGAAGUGAUCUUGUAUUCCGAGGGCUUUGAGUCCUCCAAAGUUCUGGCGCGCAAGAUGGUGCAGAUGUACAAGUUGUCCAGCGAGCAGCUCUCCAAGCAGGACCACUACGAUUUCGGCAUGAGGGCGGUCAAGAGUGUGCUGGUGAUGGCAGGCGCUCUAAAGCGUGCAAACCCUGAUCAAGUGGAGGACCUAACAUUGCUGUGUGCGCUCAACGACAGCAACUUGCCCAAGUUCCUGGCGGCAGACGCGCUGCUGUUUGCGGGCAUCCUCUCCGACCUGUUCCCGGGCCUCGAGCUGCCCGUGCGCGACUACGGUGUCAUGGAGGAGGCAAUCAAGUACUGCUUGCUGGAGCGCAACUUGCAAGUGGAAGCUUGCCAGAUCCGUAAGGUCAUCCAGUUGCACGAAACGAUGAUCGUGCGCUGGGGAGUGAUGCUGGUUGGACCUACCGGCGGUGGCAAGACUGUCGUUCUACACAUACUGGGAGCGACGUACGCUCGGCUGUACGAGGAGGAGGUGGAAGGCCCCCAGAACAAGCCGGUGCAUAUGUACACGAUGAACCCCAAAAGCUUGAGCAUCGGCGAGCUGUACGGCGAGGUGAACCUGCAGACGCUGGAGUGGCACGACGGCGUACUGCCGCUCAGUCUGCGCAUUGCUGUACAGUGCACCGCCCCCGACCACCAGUGGAUCAUCUGCGACGGCCCCGUCGAUGCCGUUUGGAUCGAAAACAUGAACACCGUGCUCGACGACAACAAAAUGCUCUGCCUCGCCAAUUCCGAGCGCAUUAAGCUUACACCUCACGUGCACAUGCUUUUUGAGGUGGGGGACCUGGCGCAGGCGUCUCCGGCGACGGUAUCGCGCUGCGGCAUGGUGUAUGUGGACCCACGCGAGAUGGGCGUGUUGCCGUACGCGCGCUCUUGGAUCGCGGGCGCCGCAGCUCAAGGCCUGCUCACCGGCGAUCACCCUGACUUCCUCUAUCAAAUGUUUCUGAUGCUGCCCGAUGGACUCGAUUAUGUCUCACAUAAGUGCACAGUCGGGAUAAAACAGGUGGAUGCUAGCAAGGUGGCGGCCCUGUGUAGUCUAUUGGGCAGCCUGUUGGCCGAGCCAGGCGAGAGGUUCCCGGACAAAUCAGCGGCGCGCAGCUACCUAGCUCUGUGCUACCAGUUCUGCUACGCCUGGGCCGCUGGCGGCAACCUGCUUGAGUCCUUCCGACGACCCUUCGAUGAGUUCAUCAAGAGACAGUUCGAAACCUUCGAGGAGGGAGAGUUCCUGCCGUCUGGCAUGAACCUGUUCGAGGUGUAUGUGGAUACGAAACUGCGGCGCGCUCGGCCCUGGUCCGAGUCUACGCCACCUUUCACCUAUGAUCCCGACCGGCCGUUCUUCGAGACCCUGGUGCCUACCACAGACACGGCGCGCUACGGCCACUUGCUACGUCGUUGGCUCGCCGCAAACAGGCCCACCAUUUUCACUGGAGACACGGGAGUCGGCAAAACCUGCAUCAUCCUGCAAGUGUUAAACAAGAUGCAAACGACAGACUCUUUCAUACCUAUCACACUCAACUUCUCUGCACAGACCAGCAGCAAGAAAACACAGGAGGCGAUAGAACAGCGACUGGAAAAACGACCUCGACGUGCGCUGGGCGCGCCUCUCGGCCGCCGCAUAGUUGUGUUCGUGGACGAUGUCAACAUGCCACGUCUCGACAUAUACGGUGCACAGCCCACCAUCGAACUGCUCAGGCAGUUCCUGGAUUUCGGUGGGUGGCACGACCGCGACAAAUUGUACUGGAAGGAGAUCAUCGACGUGGUAGUGGUGGCGGCGUGCGCCCCGCCCGGCGGCGGCCGCAACCCACUCACCGCGCGCUUCGUGAGGCACCUCGCCAUGCUGCACGUCGCCGCACCGGACUCUACCGCGAUGAUUACUAUAUUUAAAUCGAUCUUGGGCGGGCACAUGGAGGACUUUGUGACUGAGGUGUCCUCUCUGGGGGACAACUUGGUGCGCGCGGCGGUGGAGGUAUACGGGCGCGUGUGCGCGCAGCUGUUGCCGACGCCUGCACGCGCCCAUUAUGUCUUCAAUCUGCGAGAUCUCUCCAAGUGCGUGCAGGGCGCGCUGCAAGCUCGGGCGGCGUACGUACGCGUCCCACGGGAAAUGCUACGGCUAUUCUAUCAUGAAUGUUUGCGAGUCUUCCAUGACCGGCUUAUUUGCGUAGAAGACAAGACAUUCUUCUAUAGGCUAAUGUGUGAUGUUUGCGAGAAGAACUUCAAGGAACCGGUGUUGGAAUUGCCGGAAGGAGAGCUUAUUGAAGAGCCGCCAAUGCUGUUAUUUGGAGAUUUCAUAAAUCCCUCAUUGCCAAAAGAAAUGAGGGUGUACCGGGAACUUCCAGACAUGGAAAAACUCAUGGCAGUGCUCAAGGAAUACCUGGACGAGUACAACGCUAGUGCACGCACGGAGAUGCGGCUGGUUGUGUUCAGUGAGAUGGCAGAGCACGUGACGCGCGUUGCUCGCGUGCUGCGUGCCGAGCGUGGGCACGCGCUGCUGGUGGGGCCUGCGGGCUCGGGUCGGCGCAGCGUCGCCGCGCUUGCCGCCCAUCUUAACGACUGCCGGUGCAUGGGCAUGGAGCUUAAGCGGAAUUAUGACGUGCCCGAGUUCCACGAGGACCUGGUGAAGAUGUACAUGAGCGCGGGUGUGGCGCUACGAGAGACCGUCUUUCUUUGCACCGACUCGCAGCUCUCUCGUGACGACUUUCUCGAAGAUGUCAACAAUAUGCUUAAUACGGGCGAAGUAAAUAACUUGCUGGAAGGCGACGCGUACGAGCAGAUGCAGUCGGGAUGCGGACAAGAUGCUGCAAAGGCUGGGGUCAACCUCUCCGACCGCGACGCCCUCUAUCGGUUCUUCAUCAACCGCGUACGCGCCAAGCUGCAUCUCUGCAUUUGCAUGAGCCCCGUCGGCGAAGGUUUCAGACGGCGCUGUCGUAUGUUCCCCUCCCUGGUGAAUUGCUGUACUAUUGAUUGGCUGACCAAGUGGCCACCGGGGGCGCUGCACUCGGUGGCGCGCCAGUCGCUGGCACCGCUGGCCGACGCCAAGCUCAUCAAUGACGUAUCCACAGUCUGCGUCUCUAUGCAUCAGGACGUGGACGUGAUGUCAGAGCGCCUAUUUACGGAGCUGCGGCGACACUUCUACUCGACGCCCAGCAGUUACCUCGACCUGCUUCAGCUCUACCUCUCGCUGCUGGAUGCCAAACGGCAGGAGAUCAUCUCUGGCCGCGACCGCGUCUCCUGCGGCCUCGAGAAGCUGUAUAGCGCGUACGAGUCUGUGGGUGCGAUGGAGCGUGCCGUACGGGAGAUGGAGCCGCUGCUGGCGCGCAAGGCGGCGGAGGGCUCAGCGCUUGCGGCGCGGCUACAGAAUGAGCGGCGUGCUGCUGACCUCGUGCGGAGCGCCUUACUCAUAGACGAGGCUAACGCCAAGAUGAAAGCAGACGAGGUUAGGCAGAUUGCGGACGAGGCGAAGGCCGACCUGGCCCUAGCCAUGCCCGCCAUGGAGGCUGCGCAAGAUGCACUCAAGGCGCUGAAUAAAGCCGAUAUCAAUGAACUUAAAGCCUUUCAGAAGCCUCCAACGCUCGUGCGCUUCGUCAUGGAGCCCGUGUGCAUUCUGUUAGGAGCAAAACCCGAUUGGGAUUCGACUAAGAAACUUCUGGCCGAUGUGAACUUUAUCCGAAACCUGCAAGAGUACGAUAAAGACCACAUCCCCGACGCCACCCUUAAAAAGAUCAAGACUUAUCUCACGCACAAAGAUUUUAAUCCCGAUACCGUCGUCAAAGUCUCCAAGGUGUGUCGCUCCAUGGUGCUGUGGGUGCAGGCCAUCGACAUGUAUGCCAAGGUGUUUCGAGUCGUGGAGCCCAAGAUCCUCAAGCACAAGGAGGCGGCGGGUAUCCUGCGCAGCGUAAUGGCGGAGUUACGCGCCAAACAGAAGCAAGUAGAGGCCGUGGAGGCGCAGCUGGCGGCCAUGCAGCGCGAGCUGCAGGUUGUAGAGGAGGAGCGAGACCGGCUGCAGGCGGAUGUGCAGCUGGCCGCCGCCCGUCUGGCACGCGCUGGUAGCCUCACGCAGGCGUUAGCCGAUGAACAGACACGCUGGGAGAAUAGCGUCAAGGAGGCGUCGUUGCAGCUAAUUGACGCGACGGGCAACGUGCUGGUGGCGGCCGGGUGCAUCGCGUACUUUGGCGCCUUCCCCGCGCACUACCGCCGAGAACUCGAGCACAAGUGGGUGGCGCACUGUGCAGAACUCCAGAUACCCGCGUCUCCCACUUUCGACCUGGUGGGAACGGCGGCGGGGCCGGGGGCGCGGCUGGCGUGGCAAUCGCAGGGGUUGCCGCGAGACGCCGGCUCUGCUGAAAACGCUACUUUGGUCGUGAGUGCCGGCCGUCGACCACUCGCCAUAGACCCUCAGCAACAGGCGAACCGGUGGAUAAAGAACAUGGAACGAGAGAACGGUCUACACGUGGCCAAGCCGACGGCACCGAAUCUGCUGCGGAUAAUGGAGAGCUGCGUGCGGCUUGGCUGGCCGCUGCUGCUGGAGGACGUAGGCGAGGAACUGGACGCUGCACUCACACCGCUCUUGCUUAAACAAACUUUCAUGCAGGGUGGUCGUCUGCUAAUCCACCUCGGCGACAGCGACAUAGAAUACGACCCGCACUUUCGGCUCUACUUGACCACGAAGCUUGGCAACCCGCACUAUCUGCCCGAGAUUUGCAUCCAAGUCACGUUGGUUAACUUCACCGUCACGCUCUCUGGACUGGAGGAACAACUGCUCGCUGAGGUAGUGAGCCUGGAGCGUCCCGAAUUGGAGCUGCAGCGUACGCAGUUGACGCAGCGCAUCGCCGCGGAUCGCGCCUCACUGCUCGACAUCGAGGAGCGCAUCCUGCACCUGCUUCACGCUUCCACAGGGAACAUCCUCGACGAUGAGGUCCUCAUCGAGACGCUCAACGAGAGCAAGGAAACGUCUGAAAUUAUCUCGGCGCGUUUGGCCGAAGCGGAGAUUACUGAGCGUAGCAUAGGCACGGCGCGCGAGCGGUACCGGGAGGUGGCAGCGCGCGGCGCAUUGCUCUACUUCGCUAUUGCACAGCUUGCGGACCUCGACCCCAUGUACCAGUUUUCCCUGUCGUACUUUACACAAAUAUUCAAGCGCGUGGUGGAGGAGCCGGCAAAGGAGGGCGACACAGUAGAGACGCGCGUGGCUGCGCUUGUGGACAGCGCCACACUGGCGACACAGCGUGCGGUGUCUCGCGCCUUGUUCGCGAGGCACCGGCUCGCACUCUCCAUACUGCUGACCGCCGCCGUGCAGCUGCACUCAGGCGCGCUACCGCACUCCUACUGGCACUACCUAAUGCACGGCGCGGGUGCGCCCGCCGGCGGAAUGCCAAAGAAGCCUGCGACGGAAGCGAUAUCCGAGCAGACAUGGGCGGCGGUGAAUUUCCUGCACGAGCACGAGGCUGCCUUUGUUGGCCUCCCUGACGACUGUCUCAAGCGCAUCCCACUCAAUGUUGGAGAAUAUUUUGUUGAGAUUCAUGUUGACAAGACGAACACGAGCAAGCCGACGGUGGACUGGGACAAUCGGCUAUCGCCGUUUGAAAAACUGAUGCUGCUCAAAUGCUUGCGCGAAGAGAAGCUUGUGUUUGCGAGCUCGCAGUACGUGUCUCUUUCGCUGGGUCCCGCCUUCAUCGAAUCUCCGCCAGUGCAGUUGCCGACACUAUAUGCUGAUACGAACUCUACAACACCCUUGGUGUUUGUGCUUAGCACAGGUUCAGAUCCUUUUGGCGCGUUCCAGAAGUUCGCCACGGACAAGGGCAUGCGCGACCGCGUUAACUUCAUUUCUCUGGGACAGGGCCAGGGGCCGGUUGCUGAAAAGAUGAUCAGCGAUGCCAAGCCGAAAGGAGAUUGGGUAUUUUUGCAGAAUUGUCACUUGGCAGCAUCCUGGAUGAGAAAUCUGGAGAUGAUUGUAGAAAGUUUUACCAGCGACCAGGCUCCGAUCCAUGAAGAGUUUCGUUUAUAUCUAAGUUCUAUGCCAACUCCCAAAUUCCCAGUUUCUGUGCUACAGAACUCAGUUAAAGUUACCAACGAACCACCUAAAGGUCUAAAAGCCAAUGUAAAAAGAGCACUAAUUGAAAUGGAUGCAGAUUUCUACGAGAAUCAUGUAUUGGAGCAGGACUGGCGCACGUUGGUAUUCGGCAUCUGCAUCUUCCACGCCCUGGUGCAGGAGCGCAAGAAGUUCGGUCCACUCGGCUGGAACAUCUCGUACGAGUUUAGCGACAGCGACCGCGAGUGCGCCAUUCUCACGCUGCAGAUGUUCUGCGCCGGCGGGGAGAUACCUUGGGACGCGCUCGAGUAUAUCACCAGUGAGAUAACGUAUGGCGGUCGUGUGACGGACAUGUGGGACCAGCGGUGUCUGGCAGCGGCGCUGCGGCGCGUGGUGUCGCGUGCCGCACUCAACCCCGAGCACUCGUACUCGCCAUGCGGCCGCUACGCCUGCCCGCGCGUCCCGCUGCUUGUAGACGCCCAGCGCUACAUUGACGGCCUUCCUGACAACGAGCCUCCCGGCCUUUUCGGCUUACACGAUAACGCCAAUAUCACAUACGAGCGGCAAGAGACGACCGCGCUGCUGCAGACGAUAGCGGAGGUGCAGCCGCGAGCGGGGGGCGCGGGCGGGGAGCCGCCCGAGCGCCUCGUCUGGCGCAUCUGUGAGUCCACGCGCGCCUCCGUGCCCCACAAGGUGGACACGUCGGUAACGCACGAGUCAGUGUUCGCGGUGGACGAGCGCGGGCAGCCGCUAUCACUGGCCACGGUGCUGCACCACGAGCGCAAGCAGUACGACACGCUGCUAGCUCUGCUGCACUCCAGUCUGCGCGAGCUGCAGCGCGCUGUGCAGGGCGUGGUGGUUAUGUCUGAGGCGCUGGAAGAGGUGUUUAACGCGCUGGCUAACGGACGCGUGCCCGCCAUGUGGCACGCCCGCGCUUACAACUCACUCAAGUCGCUCGGCAGCUGGCUGCACGACCUCGCACUGCGCGUUGAUUUUAUAGAGGCGUGGUGGCGCAAGGGGCGUGGCGAGAGCAGCUGGCUGCCGGGGCUGUUCUUCCCUCAAGGCCUACUGACGGGGGCGCUGCAGACUCACGCGCGCCGCAACCGCCUGCCUAUUGACGUGCUUGCCUUCGACUUCCACCCCACCUCUGUCUUCAUAUAUCAAGACGAUAUUUACACUUUUAACAAGCACCCUAAGGAGCAAGUGGAUGUGUACGGAGGGCUGGAGGCGCCAGACGAGGGCAUCAUCAUCCACGGCCUGUACAUCGAAGCAGGUCGCUGGGACGUGCCCAACGCCUGCCUCGCAGACGCUCUGCCAGGUCAGACAUGGUCGUGGCUGCCGGCAGUGCGGGUGAGCUGUCGCGUGGGCGCGCCGCCGGCUGGCGGUCGGUACGAGGCGCCGCUGUACCGCACGGCGGCGCGCGCGGGCGUGCUCGCCACUACUGGACACAGCACAAACUUUGUCAUCGCUAUAUUGCUGCCGGCAGAUCAUCCCUCGGACUUCUGGAUCCUGCGCGGCACCGCACUGCUCACACAACUCUCGGACUGAAUACUUUUGAGAUGAUUACAUUUUGUUCUAGAUCAUUUUAUUGUAGAAUAUUUUAUUUUGUUACUCUAUUUUAUUGUUAUGAAUAUUGUUUUGUAGACUAUAACUGUGGUGUAUAAAGCGUUACGAGAGAAGCAUUUUAUUAGAAGAUUAAUUUAAAUAUAUACAUCCAUAUACCUAAUAUCAAUAAAACUAUAGCAGCUACCUUCCAGGACAUGUAACAAUGUGGUUACAUUGAGUUGUACUCGUAACAUUGUCGCAGCGUCAGGAAUUCAAAUGUUUAAAUAAAACCCAAAAAUAC